AUGGGGACCCAGAAGUUGGUUUGGUCCUCAUUUGGGAUCUUAUUGCUGUCGUCGUGUUUCAUCACUGCUUGUGAUGAGAAGGGAUUGUGCUUGUUGGAGGCUCUGAAGGAAAUCAAAGAAUGCAAAAAAUCCGUGUUGUCAUCGUUGCUGAAGCCGGUGCUUUCACCGAAAUGUCUAGAAAAAGAAAAGGAACUGCUACUGCCUUGUGAGAAAAUCUUACCCCCACUACCUCCGCUUCCUCCCCCUACAAUUGUAUUGAUGCCGGCAGGAGAACCUUUACUCCCGCCGCCAGUCUUACCACCACUUCCACCUAUAGCGUAUCCCGCACCUCCUUGCAUAUUACCCCCCUUGCCUCCCCCUCUUUGUUUACCACCUCCCCCGCCCUUGCUGCUUCCCGCGCCGCCACCACCUCUAUUACUUCCAGCGCCACCUGCAGCACCUGCUCCGUACUGUCUCCCACCUCCAGCGCCAGCUCCAUUGGUUCUUCCAGCACCACCACCUCUAGUGUUACCAGCACCUGCCCCUGCCUGUAUCCCAGCACCACCCCCACCACUGGUAUUGCCAGCACCGGCUCCUGCACCUGUUUACUUACCAGCACCACCGGCGCCAGUAAUACUUCCGGCUCCGGCUGCACCUGUAUGUCUUCCCGCACCUCCGCCACCAGCCCCAGUCGUUAUUCCAGCUCCUCCAGCACCUGUAGUACUGCCAGCGCCGUCUCCUCCUCCUGUAUACUGUCAACCACCGCCUCCAGUAUACCAACCAGCGCCUGCUGUACCACCACCAUCUCCUCUUGUAAUAUCCCUAGUACCUCCACCGAAUCCACCACCUGCAUAUGCACCGCCGGCAUAUCCACCGCCUGCAUAUGCCCCACCUGCAUAUCCACCGCCUGCAUAUCCACCCCCAUGUGGUACGCUUGCCCCUCCUCCACCCCCUCCCAGUAUACCUAUGACAGCGUAUAUGGUGCCACCACCAGUACCAGUUAGCCUGGAACCGAAGCCGUUACUGGAGCCUAAACUACUGCCCAAGCCGUCCUGUGGUUGUUCGGCCCCUCCACCACCGGGCUAUCCCUACUAUUACAAAUAA